AUGGAAGAGACAACGGAGUCUAGUGGGAUUUGUGACUAUGUGGCUACUAUGUGUGGGAUUGAUAUGGCACAUGAGAGUGAAUCGAGCAGAUGCAUUUCGAGGGGACGUACAGGCAGCAAAACGGGUGAUCUUGCCAGCUUACGAACCUGUGCUUUUUGUAAUGGCGAUUCUCAAUGCGUAAUGCUUGAAUCGCUAUACGCCGCCCAUCAGUUCAUGUUCGUUUUCGUACUGAUGCUGAUGUUUGAAAAAAGUCUGUCAUAUCCGGCUGUUAAACGAGCAUUUGGUAUAUCAUUGAUUCUUUCGUAUUAUUCAACAAUUUAUGUUUGGGCAGUGACAACAUUCGGGCGUUUACAACAACAGCAACAAUUUACAAUUGGCCUUCAGCUGUAG